GACCUUGCACCCCAGAACCCAGAACCGGAAACAUCAUCAACCCACACGAAGCUUCAACGCCAUCACAUUCUGGCCCGCCAUGGUCAAGUCAACCUACCAACCCUCUUCCUCCGUAUUGCAGCCGCUGCCACCCGGCUGGACCGAACACAAAGCACCGACCGGACACACAUACUACUACAAUGCCGAAACGAAGGAGUCGACGUACAAGCGGCCGGGUGCCGCGCCGGUCGCUGGUCCGGUUGCCCCCCCGAUGAAUCCAGCCAUGGCGAGCUAUGUGCAGCAUCAGACCGUCCCGCAGGUUAACCUCUCCGAUCCGACCGUCGCCAAUGCCUUCAUGGCCCAGUACGGACAGCAAGAAGCACAACAACAACAACAACAACAACACGGCCAACGGGGAGGAUUCGGCCCAGGAGGCAGGGGAGGGUUCCAGCCCAGGCCGCGCCCGCAGCCGUCCGACAAGCCGCGAUCCAAGGUCGCCAUUCCGGGCUGCGAGCCCUGGAUCCUCGUCUACACGAAAUACGGCCGCAGGUUCGCCUUCAACCCCACCAAGAACGCGAGCUAUUGGCGCAUCCCCGAGAAGCUCAUGCCCGGCAUCCUCGAAUUAGACCAGGCGCGCAUUCGAGAAAAAGCCGAGGGGAAGCCGGCCGAGCGAGAACCAGAAAAAGAAGCAAGUUCGGAAGAUGCCAAAGGGUCCAAGACACCGGCGGCGGAAGCACCGCAAGAGGAGGUCGCGCACGACUACGACAGCUCCGAAUACGAAGAAGUCGAAGUGACGGAUGACGAGGAUGCGGAAGACGACCACGACCAAGACGGCAACGCGCGCAAACGGCAGCGCACCGACGAGCCUCCCGCCGACGACGGACCCGCCGAGUUCACCGAAGCGGACAUCGCCGCGCAACUGGCCGCCAUGGGCGCCGACUACGGCGCCGAGGACGACUACGAUGCCGAGAUGGGCGAGGGCGCGGAAGGGUGGGAGGAGGGCGACGAGGGCCUCCCGCUCUCGGACGAGGACGCGCGCGAGCUGUUCAAGGACCUGCUCAACGACUUCCACAUCAACCCGUACAGCCCCUGGGAGAAGCUGAUCGAGGAAGGGAAAGUGUUCGACGACGCGCGGUACGGCGUGCUGCCGACGACCAAGGCGCGCCGGGACGUGUGGGAGGAGUGGUCGCGGGCCAAGAUCCAGGAGCUCAAGGAGCGGCGCGCCAAGGAGGAGAAGAAGGACCCGCGCAUCCCCUACCUGGCCUUCCUGCAGGCGAAGGCCACGCCCAAGCUGUACUGGCCCGAGUUCCGGCGCAAGUACAAGCGCGAGGACCCGAUGCGCGACCCCAAGCUGCCCGACAAGGACCGCGAGAAGUGGUACCGCGAGCACAUCAACCGGCUGAAGCUGCCGCCCGCGACGUUGCGGUCUGACCUGAAGAAGCUGCUCGAAGCCGCCCCCCUGUCGGCACUCAACAACCAGACCCUGCCCUCGCAGCUGCCGGCGCAGGUGCUGGCGGAUAUCCGGUACAUCUCGCUGGACCCCAAGGUGCGCGAUCCGUUCAUCGAGGCGUACAUCCAGGGACUCGGGCCGCCGCCGGAAGCGGGGGAGGCGGCAGAGCAAGAGGACGAGGCGGCCAAGAAGGUGCGGGACGAGAGGCGCCGGCGGGAGAAGGCGCUGGAGGAGCGGGAGCGGGCCGUUACCGAGGAGAAGCGGAGGCAGGAGAAGAAAGUGCAGUGGGAGCGGGCGCGGCUACGGGACGAGGAGCGGGAGAUUGAGCGGGCGAUGCACGUGGGCAAGAAGGGGCUGCAGAGCCAGUUGGUGGGGGGUCAAGGGGAAGGGCCAUAACCCGGGAGUUGGUUGGCCACGCCCGCAUGAAAGCGGCUGUGCUGUUGAUGUUCCAUUACCAUCUCGCCAUGUGUGUAUGUAUAUAAUAUGUAUGAGUACAUUCAGAACGCCGGGCAAUGCUAUUUAAUGCAGAUAAACACGGCCAUUACAAUAAAACAAAAAACAAGAACAGGUCAUUACCAUAUCCGCCUCGCAAUCAUCUCAUACCUCAUAACCCUCCCAAAGUCCUUCUCCUUAUCCCGCUCCACAUUCGCCUCCGCCUUCCGCUCCUUCUCCCUCGCCUUCCUCAACCCCUCCGCAUCCU